AUGGGGCCUGCGAAUGGGCGGACCGGUUCCGGUGGUACAGGGGCGGCGAUGGGUCAACGACCCCCUUUGUCAAUAGUCGCUCUUACCAGAGGCAUUCAAGUCUCAAGUCUAGGGGUGCCAGCUGAAGAGCAGGAGGUUGUGCUUUCGCCUAAUAUAUAUGAAAAGUUCCACACCAAUACCCCUGUAUCCAAGUUACGGAGUUCAGACGACGAUUGCUCUGCCUGGCCAGGCCUCUCCUUCGCCAUCAAGCCAAUUUUUUGUCCUCCCCCUGUUGGGGUUUGUCAGAACCGGAGGAUUAAUCCGCGUACGGCGUACGGCGUACAACAUGACAAAACCCUUCCGCUUACGCACAAAGGCAUUAUGAUUUUCGGGGACCUUGCGUGUCGAAAGAACUCUGGACCGCUGGUAACAAGAUACUCCCUACACCCAGCGCCUUGCCUAGGGAUUAUCUGGGGAAAGCCAGAUCUUCAACAAGGGGAGUACGAAGUCUUGAAGCUGUGA